CCUUGUUGGAGUAAACACGAACCGUGCGUGGCGGCAGCCCUGAUGAGAGAGUGGCUCUGAAAAGUGCUAAGUGAUCGUGAAGCGAGUUUUCAGUGAACAUUUUGUUGCUACCUUCAGAGCGUUGAUAAAAAAUAAUCAUUCAUUAGCCGGAGUGUGAGUGUACGAGCCUGGCCUGCUGUGAUUUUAAAUUGUGAAGCGUUUCCUAGAAACAUUAAACAUUACUGAGCCAGCGCAUGCUGCAAUUGGUGAGUGAUCGGUCCAAGUUCUAACCUGUGCACCCAAAUCAACACAAUCACAAUUGACGAUUUAAAGCUCACAUGUGUAAGCAGCGAAUAAGUGUGGCAGCCUGAGAACUUCACAACACCUGUAUUGCAUGCAUGUAACGAUCAACAAACAUUUGAAAGUCCCACGAUUAUUAUUGUUAUCAACGAGACUGGAGCCAUUCAACAGAGUUUGCGCUUUAGAACCGGUUGAAGCUUUCCAAAGAAAAAAAAAUCCGUUCUAGUUGGUGAGGCGUGCGUGUGUGAACUUGGCAAUCUAGCAAUCGACACAGCAAGGUGCCUGUCAGUUUCAACGCCCAUAAUAGCCACCAUAAAGCUUCCAGCGGGUAGUGGUAGAUUGAUCCAGAUAUAUUAGAUCGUGUGCAAGUGGCUCAAUAAGGCUCUGCCGCGCGCUCGGGGGUGAGAUAAAAAAAUAGUGACAACAGGAAUUGAACGAUUGCACACCAUGAAUAUCAAGGUCACGGUGCUCGUACCACUGCUGGUGGUGUCAACGUUCUGUGCCAGCCCGGCCCUUGGUGGUCUACUGAGGACACCGAAGGUCUACAAUGCAGUCAUAACGACUGACGAGAAUUUGACCCCGAGCCGAGCCUAUCCCGUGGUGCAACCGGUGCUACAUGAUGCAGGCCUACCCUAUCCAUUCGGUGCGUUCGGACCGUUCGGGCUGUACAAUGCAUUCAACUCGUACCCUGGAUUCUACCAGCCGCAGUCAGCUGGAUCCGCUGGAGCGAGCGUUGCUCAGCAGGUGCAGGCUAGAAACAGUGCGUAUUAUGCGCAAAGGAAUCCG